GUCAAGGCAAACCACUGCCGGGCGCUCGCAGCGCCGCCUGCUCCUACCCGCUACGUUCUGUCACAUUCUUUUACGCAACCAUCAUUGAGUCACGUUACACCUCACAAAAUUUGCAUCUGUUACCGCCAUUAUGCGUUGUUUCAUCGUUGUACUUUUCUUAGCGAUGGUAACGCCAUCUAUGUCUCGGCCAUACGAUCCUGAAGACGAUGAAUUGAAGAGCGUAUUGUCGACGAAUGGUAAUUUUGAAGCUUUUUAUCCACGGCAAGCACAUGGUAUUCCCAACGGGUCAUCACGGCCGGCUCAUGGACAUGGCAGUUUCUAUAAACACCGGAAUCCAGCGCUAGUGGACGUUAAAAAUGCUGCAGCUUACGGUUUCAGAUUCGAUGGCAUGAGAAGAUUUAAUUUUGACGAUGACGAGUGAUUUAAUAAAUUUUUAAGUUAAAAUUAUAAUUGU